AUGAACACUGUGUAUAAUGCACCAAUAAUAUGGAACUUUUGUAAACUUUACAUUCUAUUAAAAGUAGUGGUAUUUUGCAAUAAUUUGACAAACUAUACCAUGAAUGAAACAUUAAGUUCUCAAUAUGAAUUUUUAUCCUUAUGGAAAUUAAAAUCGAAUCAUUCUAUCAAUCUGGAAUAUGGUUUCCCUGUCAAUUUGAUUGGUAAUUUAAUACCAACAGUCGAGUUACAAUUUCAUCCAUGUAAUCAACAGGAUGCAGCAGAUGAGACAUGGACAGAUUGUCAAACAGUAUAUGUAACAUCUAGUUGCCAUUUUACUUAUGAACAAAUCAAUCACUUAGAGAAUAUAGCAUUCAAAAGUAAUAAUUGUAGUCAAUAUGCACAGAGUAAAUUAUCAUCGAAUAGAUGGAUCAGUGAAAUGUAUAAAAAGUCUACACAAGUAGUAAGCAUUCAAGCACAUCGUAUCAUGACAAACAUGGAGAUUAGAGAAUUUUUUAAGGAAUGUGGAAAUUAUUCUCAGUAUUUUAAUAAUAAGUCACUUAUAUCAUUAUGUGAUUGGGAUUAUUAUACUGAAUUAAUUACAGAUAGCAGUUCACUUGAUGUUUAUGGACACUUGAAUACUAGUUCAAUUUUAUCGGGUAAGGCAUAA